AUGGUGAAGACGAUGAGGAAGAAGAUCAAGAUCAAGAAGAUUGACUACUUGCCUGCAAGGCAGGUGACCUUCUCAAAGAGGAGGAGAGGGAUCUUCAAAAAAGCUGAGGAGCUAUCUGUUCUGUGUGAAUCUGAGGUGGCAGUUGUCAUCUUUUCUGCUACUGGCAAGCUUUUUGAUUAUUCAAGCUCAAGUACAAAGGAUGUUGUUGAAAGGUAUAAAGCGCACACAAAUGGUGUCGAAAAAUCGGACGAACUUUCUGUUGAGCUGCAGCUAGAAAUUGAAAACCAGAUCAGAUUGAACAAGGAACUUGAGGAGAAGAGCCGCCAGCUGAGGCAGAUGAGAGGAGAGGAUCUUGAAGAGCUGAAUAUUGAUGAGUUGCAGAAGUUGGAACAACUGGUGGACGCAAGCCUUGGCCGUGUGAUUGAAACUAAGGAAGAACUGAUUAUGAGUGAGAUUAUGGCACUCGAAAGAAAGGGAGCUGAGCUGGUAGAAGCCAACAACCAGCUACGGCAGAGGAUGGUGAUGUUAUCCAGAGGAAAUAUUGGACCUGCGCUUACGGAGCCGGAGAGGUUCAUUAAUAAUAUUGGAGAUGGAGGAGAAGAAGGCAUGUCAUCUGAAUCUGCCACAAAUGCAACCAUCAGCAGCUGCAGCAGUGGUCUCAGUCUCUCUCUUGAAGAUGACUGCUCAGACGUCACUUUAGCUCUCAAACUGGGGCUUCCUUAA